GUGUGAGCUCUUGAUGGUGUGAGACCACCCCAGAGCCAGGAAAUGGCUACAGCCUUGGAACCAGAGGACCAGGAUCUUUGGGAAGAAGAGGGGAUUCUGAUGGUAAAACUGGAAGAGGAUUUCACCUGUAGGCCAGAGUCAGUCUUACAGAGGGAUGACCCUGUGCUGGAAACCUCCCACCAGAACUUCCGAUGUUUUCGAUACCAGGAAGCAGCAAGCCCUCGAGAGGCUCUAAUCAGACUCCGGGAACUUUGUCAUCAGUGGUUGAGGCCAGAGAGGCGGACAAAGGAGCAGAUCCUUGAGCUGCUUGUGCUAGAACAAUUUCUUACUGUCCUCCCUGGAGAACUGCAGAGCUGGGUGCGAGGCCAAAGGCCAGAAAGCGGCGAAGAGGCCGUGACGCUGGUGGAGGGUUUGCAGAGACAGCCCAGGAGACCAAGGCGGUGGGUGACUGUCCAUGUUCAUGGCCAAGAGGUCCUAUCAGAGGAGACAUUGCAUCUAGGAGCAGAGCCUGAGUCACCUGCUGAGCUGCAGGAUCCUGUGCAGACCUUGACCCCUGAGCAAUCCCAUGAGGAAGCCACACAGAACCCAGAUCUGGGGGUACCAGCACAGCGGAGCCUGGGCCAGGACGAGGAGCUCCAGCUGCUGCAGGAGAGCGGGGUUCCAGUGCCCCAGGGCCCAGACCUGCCUUCAGAGAGGAGCUCUGGAGAUCCAGAGAUGGUUGCUUUCCUUACUGCUCUAUCACAGGGACUGGUAACUGUGAAGGAUGUGGCCGUAUGCUUCUCCCAGGACCAGUGGAGUGAUCUGGAUCCAACACAGAAGGAAUUCUAUGGAGAAUAUGUCUUAGAAGAAGACUGUGGAAUUGUGGUCUCUCUAUCAUUUCCAAUCCCAAGACCUGAUGAGAUCUCUCAGGUUAGAGAGGAAGAGUCUUGGGUCCCAGAUAUCCAAGAGCCUCAGGAAACUCAAGAGCCAGAAAUUCUGAAUUUUACCUAUACAGGAUAUCCAAGUGAAGAAGAGGAGUGUGUUGAGCAGGAAAAUCCAAAUUUGGAGGAUAUACAUAGGCCUAUUUUGGGAGAUCCAGAAAUUCACCAGACUCCAGAUUGGGAAAUCACCUUUGAAGAUAAUUCAGGUAGACUUAAUGAAAGAAGAUUUGGUACAAAUAUUUCUCAAGUGAAUAGUUUAAUGAAUCUUCAGGAAACCAUGCCUGUUCAAACCGUGUUAGGGAAACAUCAUGACUGUUCUGUUUGUGGAAAAAGCUUCACUUGUAACUCCCACCUUGUUAGGCACCUGAGAACUCACACAGGAGAGAAGCCUUAUAAAUGUAUGGAGUGUGGAAAAAGUUAUACACGCAGCUCACAUCUCGCCAGACACCAAAAGGUUCAUAAGAUGAGCACUCCUUAUAAAUAUCCUGUGAAUCAUAAGAAUGUAAAUGAGACUUCCCCUGGGAUCCAGACUAAGAGAACUGCAACUGUUGAGAAACCCUAUAGAUGUGAUGAGUGUGGAAAACACUUCCGUUGGACUUCAGACCUUGUCAGGCAUCAGAGGACACAUACAGGAGAAAAACCCUUCUUCUGUACUAUUUGUGGCAAAAGCUUCAGCCAGAAAUCUGUGCUAACAACACACCAAAGAAUCCACCUUGGAGGCAAACCCUACUUGUGUGGAGAGUGUGGGGAGGACUUCACUGACCACAGGCGGUAUCUGGCACACCGGAAGACACAUGCUGCUGAGGAGCUCUACCUCUGCAGCGAGUGUGGGCGGUGCUUCAACCACAGUGCGGCGUUUGCCAAGCACCUGAGAGGACACGCCUCAGUGAGGCCUUGCCGAUGCAACGAAUGUGGAAAAAGCUUCAGUCGGAGGGACCAUCUCGUCAGGCAUCAGAGAACACACACUGGGGAGAAACCAUUCACAUGCCCUACAUGCGGGAAAAGCUUCAGCAGAGGCUAUCACUUAAUCAGGCAUCAGAGGACCCACUCAGGAAAGACCUCCUAGUUAGAUCCCUGUGUAAGGAGGUCUGCACUCAGCCCUUCCCUGAGGGAGGUGAGGGAUAGGAAGAGCCCUCCUGUCAGCCUGGGAAGGCCUUUUCUAAGGAAUUGCCCAGACCUGCCCAGACCUUACGUCAACUCUUCCCACAGCCAAAUCAGAGCCCUGGGCAGAACCUCUCAGCCUUCUUCUAUGCCUUGAGGAGAUGUUUUGCCCAAGUACAAGCUGAAUUGAGGCUCCUCCUACAUGGGAGUGCUCCUGCCUCUACCUCAGGGGUAUGAAGUAGGAGAACUAGAAGACAAGAGGUUAUGGUUACUGUAUUGUCUAGAAAAUAGGCUGUUACACACCAUAAAGACUGUUUAACAGCCUCAAGUUUUAAGUGGCCAAGGAUAGACCCUUAGGUUAGGUAAGGGACCAGCCCAAAGGAUUCUGUCCUCACUGGGCUCAAAUCUUAAAGCACACAGCUCUGAACUCAAGACAGUCAAGACAGGAGGUUUGCGUCCUGAUGGCUUUGCCACACGUUCACAGGUAACUGUACAAAUUCUUUGCUGUCUGAUUCACUUCUUACCAUGCACUUUCCUUUGAUGUUGGGGAGAAGUAGACAAAAACCUCAAGGCUGCUUCAUAUGGACUUUGUCAAGCUGCUCCCUCCCCCUUUGUCAAAAUGUUUAUCAGGUGCCAGACACUGCUGGAAAGGAGGCCCUAGUCAGAUGCCUCUUUCCUUGUGGGGUUUUUUUCUGUUAAAGUAUUCAUGCCUUCAGCCUUCCUGCUCUGCAGCCAGUCUCUUGGUUUUGUCCCUAGCACUCCUACAGCAAAUGAGAUGUAGCAGC